GGAAAAUAACACACGCGUUAACUUACUGUAGGGUAUGGUGGAUAGCAAGAUGGACAAAGAUACACUGGCACAGGAAAGAGUUUUUAUCAACGAUAUUGACUCAUUUGCAUCUAAAUAUAUUGCAAAGUGUCUUGCCAAACAUACGCUUGAAGGCGAUGGCUCAGCUGAGAAAGAGGGUCGGACUUUGAAAUCAAACGACUCUGGGUCACAAAGUUACAGGGUCGUUGGGACGAUUUCAGACGGUUCAGAGGAGGACAGACCCUAUGUGUUGGAAGCAUACAUUCGACCGAGUAGGGAAAAGAUUCUUCAAAAACUGAUGGAAUGUGACGUGAUCAUCUACAACAUUACUCAGCAUCCUGAGCAGGUAGAUGAAGCCUGCUGGGCAGUUACAGCCCUCCAUGAUAAAAAAACCCAUUUUAAGCAACCAAAAAGGUUUAUCCUCAUCUCUACAGUGAUGACUUGGGCGUGCAGUGAGCCAAUCAGUUCUGAUGAUCUGGAGCUCCCUUUUACUGAUGAUGAUUUUAGAAGAAGAAAGGCUCAUCCAAACUUUAUAAAGCACCUCGAACUGGAGAAAAUGGUUGCCAAAAUGGGCAAGAUGGACAGAGCACUGUUUUCUACAUAUGUUGUGGUGUCAGGUCUUCAGUAUGGACUGGGAGAGCAGGUCUUCCAUCUCUUUUUUAAGAUGUCAUGGCUGGGACAAGAAAAUGAAAUACCAGUCUUUGGAGAGGGCAACAACAUUGUUCCCACAAUUCACAUCAGUGACCUUGCAAGAGUCAUUCAAAAAAUAAUUGAGCAUCAGCCCAAGCCCUAUUACUUGGUAGCUGUGGACUAUUCCAACAACACCAUGGAGGAUAUUGUUAAGACCAUUGCCUGUGCGCUUGGAUUGGGGAAGAUCCAGAGGAAGACAUUUGAAGAGGCCUUCCUACAGCAGGACUUGAGCAUCAUGGACAUUGAUUUAUUGCACGUCAACCUUUGCAUGGAGGGUGUCCAUCUCAAGGAACUGUUCUCUGUCCACUGGUUGUGUGAGUUCGGUCUGGUGGAGAACAUAGAACUAGUGGUGGAAGAGUAUCGCCAGAUCAGGGGACUGCUGCCCAUUCGUAUGUGUGUUCUGGGUCCUCCUGCAGUGGGGAAAAGCAGAGUGUCCAAACAGAUAUGUGACCACUACAAGCUCCAUCACAUCAGGCUAAAUGAGACAAUCUCUGAGACCAUCUCUCACCUGGAAUAUAUGGUGAGGAACCCUUUUUCAGAUACAGAGAAUGAGGACUCAGCAUCAGCAAUAGAAGCCCAAGAACUGCUGAGUAUUUUCAAGGACAAUAUGGAGCAAAAUGGAGGUUAUUUGGAUGACCAGAUGUUGGUGAAGGUGAUGAUGGAUAAAGUAAUUUCUAACCCCUGCAAAAACCAAGGUUUUGUGCUGGAUGGAUUUCCAAAGACAUAUGAGCAAGCAAAGGAGCUUUUCCAUGUUGAUGAACAUGAAUCAGAUGAGAGAACACCGAUUUCCUUGUACAACAAGAAGAUAAUGCCAGAGUUUGUUUUGCGCCUUGAUGCAUCAGAUUCCUUCCUGAAAGAUCGGGUGAUUAACCUACCUGAGAAGUUGGUGCAGGAACACAAAUAUGAGCAGGAGCACUUCCUGCAAAUUUUAGCCAAAUACAGAGAGAAAAACAUGGAAGAAGAAAGUGUUGUCAAUUACUUUGAAGAGUUGGACAUCAAUCCAUUAUUAAUUGAGAUUACCAGUUUCAAUACACCUGACAGCCAAUUGAUGAUGCAUACAAUCUGCGAGAGAGUUGGUAAACCAAGAAACUACGGCCAGAGCAACCAAAAGAUACAGGAAGAGGGGAGGAUAAAGACCGGGGAGAAGGCAGAGAGGGAGCAGAAAGAGGUGGAGGAGGCCAGGCAGAGAUCUGCACACUGGGAGAUGUGGAGGAGUGCCUCGCUAUUGGUGACCCCGGCUGACUACAACCCCUGGCUGACUACAACUCUGGGUACCAGAUGAGGAGGAGAGAGCUGACAGACUGAGUUUUAAGUAAUCACAUAUAGUGAUAAAGAAAUUUCUGACGUGACUCCAGCUCCAUGUUUUGACGUCCGUCUCGAGACAUCUGGGGAAACUCCUCCAACUCUUCAGCCCCUAAUCAACAGAUUGUUUUCUGCCAUAACUGCAGACAUGUCAAACCUCAUGGAUACCAUCUUCAACAAGGGAGUUUUACGCCUAGCCAGACGAAUGUGGAAUGACAUCCGGACAGCUGAUGACCUUCUUCACCCUGGAGAGAACAACAAACAAUUCAACCAAGGCCGCCAAUCGCCAAUAUGUAAUGUGGAAAAUCUCCAAGGACAUUAUAUAGGAUUCAGACAAGCAAACAAUGAGGAACCACAAUUCAUAUUUUCACAGCAUUGCUCCAGUCGAAAUGUGCAUGGUAUAUUACUUUAUAAAUAUUUGUAGAUCCAUUUACAUCUCAUUUUAUAUUUACUUCCAGGAAUGUCUGCCUAUUUAUGUAUACCAUUUUGAAAUUGUUACAUUUUUAUAAAGAACUAAAAACGAAUGGUUCUGAGUGGUGUUACAUUUCAUAUCUCCUUCAAGUUCAUAAACAUCAGUGCCCUACUG